AUCAUCUCUAACUCCUAAAGUCCUCUUCUGUCUUGUUUGACAAGAGCAAAUGGAAACAAUCACAAAGAGCUCUCUGCACAUUCGGUGCAACAGUUUACCCUCUGCACCUCACCCACUUGUAUCACAAUUCCAGGAGCAUUUGCAGAGAUUGAAGGUUUCAGAAGCCUCCACAACUUCUUUGUCAUCAUCCUCAUUAAGCCACAAAUUAAAUGGCUCGCAAGAUUUGCAUGACUAUGCUGAUAAGUUGCUCCAAUUACCAACUACCCAACAAACCUUGGCACAAGAGUGUAGUGACGAGUGUGUUGACGACCUAUUAGAUGGGUCUCUGAGGCUUCUAGAUAUUUGUAAUACAGCCCAAGAUUGCCUCAUGAGAUCAAAGGAAACCAUGCAUGAGGUUCAGUCAGUUAUUCGAAGGAAGGGAACUGGAGCUGAAUUCACAAUUGAGGGUGGAAAGUACUUGGCAUCUAGGAAGAACAUGAAGAAGGCAAUUAACAAGGCCUUAGGUAAUUUGAAAGGAAUAAAAAACGAUUCCUCAAACAAUGACAAUGGAACUUUGUCUAUCUUAAAAGAAGCAGAAGCAGUCACUCUUAAAUCGUUAGAAUCAUUGUUGUUGUUUAUCUCCAAGGCACAAUCAAAGAAAAGCAGAUGGUCAACAAUCUCAAAGAUGAUGCAGCCAACAAGAGUGACUUGUGACUCUCAAGAUUCAGAUGCAAAUGAAUUUGUAAAAGUGGAUGCAGCCUUGCAAUCUCUCACGUGUCACAAGCCUUUAUCUGUUGAUAGUUUUCAAGGCCAUUUGGAAAAUUUGGAGAUUUGCAUUGAGGAUCUAGAAGUAGGUGUUGAGCACCUUUCAAGGCAACUCAUUAGAACAAGAGUUUCUCUGCUUAACAUCUUCAGCCACUAGUUUUAGGGAGAAAAUAUCUAAAUGUUGACCAUAGACUCCCCAAUUCAAUUUUGCCUCACAAUUGUAUAGAAAUGUGAUUAAAACUUUUUCUCUUAUUAAAUAUGAUAUUAUCUGAGAAUCAA